AUGACCCAACAAUCACACGAGACGUACAGCAUGUGGGUGGAAGGGAAAGAAGUGGCGGGCAAUGCGGAGCAACUUGGAAUUGAGGAUCCGGCAACCGGAGAAAUCUUUGCCCAUUGUCAUGCUGCAUCUGCUGAAGAUGUUGAACAUGCAGUGCAAGUCGCACAAAAAGCCUUCAGAUCUGGUAUCUGGUCCAAAGCUCCACGCCAUAUCCGCGCAGACACACUAGACAAGAUUGCCGAGCUUCUUACAAAGAAGAUGCCUUCUCUGAUUGAAUUGGAAGUAAGGCAAACUGGGCGAGCUAUCAGAGAGAUGAAUGCGCAGGUGCCGACUCUUGUGAAGUGGUUCAAGUACUACGCCUCGCUUAUCAGGACCGAAGAACGCUCUGUCCUGCCGACCAUGGGCAAACUUCACAACUGGAUCGAUCGCAAACCUCUUGGAGUUGUCGCGCAAAUCACUCCUUUCAACCAUCCCAUGCUCAUUGCUGUCAAGAAGAUCACACCCGCGCUAGCUGCCGGAAACUCGAUUGUACUAAAGCCGAGCGAGCUCACACCACUCACCAGCAUUGAAUUGGGUAAGCUCUUCAAGGAGGCGGGUCUACCUGAUGGUGUCUUUAACGUGCUUCCUGGUGACGGAAUCACUACCGGUAAAGCACUUGUCGAGCACCCACUCAUCAAGAAGGUUGAUGUGACUGGUGGGACACCUGCUGGCCGAGCCAUUGGUGCCAUUGCAGGACGCAACCUUGCCGCAUACACCGCAGAGUUAGGCGGCAAAGCCCCUUUAAUAGUGUUCGAGCAAGUACACGUUGAUCUUGUUGUCAAUGGCAUUGUAUUUGCUAGCUUUAUAGCGAGUGGCCAGACCUGCGUUGCAGCGACUCGCAUCAUCGUGCAGAACAGCAUCUUCGAUCAGAUGGUUGAGAAGCUCAAGAGCAAAGCGCAGAGUAUCGAAAGGAGGAUGGGGUCACCAAAGAAUGUCGAGUCGAUGAUGGGACCUCUCAUCUCUGCGAAGCAGCUUGUGAACGUCCGAACGCUAGUCGAUGAUGCAGUUGAGGCAGGAGUGGAGGUCAUCACCGGCGCUCAAAGGAUGACAUGGAAUUCGGUACUAGAUGGAACCGAUUUUUCCAAAGGCUACUUCUUCCCUCCUACUAUACUGGCGGACAGUGCCAGGAAGAAGAUUGUCGAUACUCGGAUCUGGAAGGAAGAAGCCUUUGGCCCUGUCAUCGUAGUUGUCGGCUUUGAUACAGAAGAGGAAGCACUCGAGCUUGCCAAUGACAGCGAGUUCGGUCUGGGCGCUGCGAUUUGGACGCAAGAUCUAUCGCAGGCUUUCAGAGUAACUGAAAGCAUCGAGAGCGGGAUUUGUUGGGUCAACACGCAUCAUCGCAACGACCCUAGCAGUCCGUGGGGCGGUAUCAAGAGCUCAGGUGUCGGAAGCGAGAACGGUAUCGAUGCAUAUCAUGCGUAUACCUCGCCGAAGUCCACUAUCAUCAACUACGCUACUGCGGAAGAAGGGCUGGCGAGCGACGACUGGUUCAGAGAGGGUACGGGUGAGGUCAGAUACGGCUGAACGCAUUUACAAUGUCGGACGAUUUGAUGCAGG